AAUGAGCUAGGAUGAGGAUGAAUUGUUUAGUGCAAAAAGUGAAAUAUUGUUUAAUGUAAAAUAAUGUGAAGAAUUAUUCUAAAAAGAUAAAUCAGAAAAGUAAUGAAUGUGUAUUUUCAGAUUAAAAUAAGACAUUGAGACUUUUAAGAAAAAUAUCAAGACAGCCAAAGAAAAAGAGGAAGAAUUCUACAAAACAUUAUUAUUAGAAGAAAAAGAAUAAGAAAGCAUUUUUGGAUUUCCUGGUUAUUAAAAGAAGGAAGAACCAAAAGUGAUUGUUUGGGAUCCACUUGAGGGAAACUUGAUAAUUACUGAGCAUGAAUUCAAAAAAAAAUAUGACUAACCUAGACAAAAAAAUUCGAAUAGACAAAGUCAAAUACCAUUACAACCUGAGAUUUAUAUAAACGAAUGAA